GAUAUGUGGCUUACAAGGAGGAACAAAAUAAUGUUAAAUAGGUCACGCGAAUUAGCUUUAAAACUAUUCUGGCGUCGAGAGUCUUUUUCUUCGUCGACAUGCGUGCUGGGUCAGCAGGGGUGGUUCAGUACGGCUCCUUCACACCGUAUAUUGACAACAUAUUUCAGAGCAUUGGUCUGCCUGGUUCCAUUGGAUGAGAAACUGCAUUAAAAAUGCAUUAAAAUAGGAUGCAUAGAGGCACGCCACUAAGCAGAGCUACGCACUGUUCGAAGCAAAAGAACUCAACGGUGAAGAUGCGCACCCCUUCGCCGAACGGCAGUACGCUUCAGCUCGCUACAUUCGUUGUGCGUCUGCAUCCCACAGAAUACAGCUACUUUGAUCGAUGGCCCCUGGACAUUUUUUUGUCGUGGAAAACCUGUUGCUCUGUGAUAGGCUGGUUGAAAUUAUUGAAGAAGAAUGCCAGGGACUACGACACCUCUCGGGCACCUAGCCUAACCACGUGGUCAAUGUUGUUGCGUGAAGUCGAAGGGACUUCGCAGACCUCCCUCCAAUUAUGUGGCGAGUUAUACGGGCGUGUGGCAGUGACCGCUUUGGUGUCAGUGAAUGCAAUCUGCAUCACACAGCAAGACAUGUAAGUCAAAAAAAAAAGCUCUUUUGCUUUGUUUCCCAUCUUAUCCCGAUUGAUCCCAUCGAUGUACUUAAUUGUAUCAAAACUCACUCUAGCGUUCCAAUUCCUUUACUUUUCUCACUUUUUAUGCCUCGGCAUUUCGGUUUGUAUCUUUUUAGGAGGGGGGAGGGAACCAGCUUGCGUCAUGUAUGUGCUUCCUGGAUUGUCGUUAUUUGGUUUGUUAUGUACGUUUCUCUCCAAGUUACCUUAGUUUACCUCCCGCGAAAACAUGGUAUGGGGUGGGAAUUAAUUUACCGUUAUAAUCAACUUACUCUCUUUUUAAACUUUUUCCUCCCCUUGUAAUGCGAUGCUUGCCGGUUUUCAACCUUCCAUUGUAAGUUAUUUGAAUCAUUUACUCUAUAUCUUACAGUUGUCGUGAUUAAGCCAAAAACCUUCGCCUCU